GCCUCUAAUGUGCUGCCCAGUUGCAUUUAGGUUUCCACCUCUAGGAUGUGGUGCAGCCCGAGUGCCCCUCUGCUCCGCUCCUCCUUAUGUAGUGUAGAGCGGGACACUCCGCAGUUCGCUUUAUCCCGUUCCUUCCCCCCCUUCUUGCCUUUUUACGCGCACGACGUCUGCAGCCACAGUGAUUCAGUGAGCCGGCCGCGUCUUCUCCGCACGCUUCAAGCUUCUCUGUGUGUGUAUAUAUAUAUAUAUAUUUUUUUCUUUUUUGGAUGAAGGCAGGACUCUUUUCCCAAUGUUCCGAUGGCGAAACAGCGCUGGUUUCUCUCCCGCUGAACAUUAUUAGAGGAAGAUAUUCACGCUUUUUCUCCUUUUUUUCUCUUUUUUCCCCCUCGACUCAUUUUCAACACACACGCACAAAAAAAAAGAAAGAAAAUGUGGGACGCGCGUUCUCUGCGCAGCGUCCGCGGAGUGCUCUAUCCAGUUGUGGCCGCUUGACUAAAGGGGGAUCCCGGCUCCCUUUUCAUCCUCUGCUCCCUUAGGAACAAGAGGAGUUUGCAUGCAAAAGGUGGUUUAUCUCGGCAAGCCAUGGAGGGACUUGCCUAAAGAGGAUCCGACAUAAUUCUCGAUUUUUAGAGUUUUUUUUUUCCAUUUUCUUUUUUUUUGUGUCAUCGCAACAUCUUCCCAGUGAGUCUCCUUCUCCAUCACCAUGGCAGAGAAGCUUGGACCAGCGGGGCUCAAGCCCGCCACCCCUAGAACUGCUGCUCCCUCGCUGCCCCCUGAGCCCAUCGACAUCAUCCGCACCAAAGCCCGCUCCCGCAGGGUCCGCCUUAACGUCGGCGGUCUGAACCAUGAGGUCCUGUGGCGGACCCUGGAUCGGCUCCCCAGGACCCGGCUGGGCAAGCUUCGAGACUGCAACACCCACGAGUCCCUGAUGGAAGUCUGUGACGACUACAGCCUGAACGAAAACGAGUACUUCUUUGACCGGCACCCGGGGGCCUUCACCUCUAUUCUGAACUUUUACCGCACGGGCAAGUUGCACAUGAUGGAGGAGAUGUGCGCCCUCUCGUUCGGUCAGGAGUUGGACUACUGGGGGAUUGACGAGAUCUACCUGGAGUCCUGCUGCCAGGCUCGUUACCACCAGAAGAAAGAGCAAAUGAAUGAGGAGCUGCGGCGCGAGGCAGAGACGUUGAGGGAGAGGGAAGGAGAGGGAGAGUUUGAUAACACCUGCUGCCCAGACAAAAGGAAGAAGCUGUGGGAUCUCCUGGAGAAGCCCAGCUCUUCAGUGGCUGCCAAGAUCCUAGCCAUCAUAUCAAUCCUCUUCAUCGUCCUCUCCACCAUUGCCCUGUCCCUCAACACCUUACCAGAGCUCCAGGUCACAGACGAGUAUGGCCAGGCCAGCGACAACCCCCAGUUGGCCCACGUGGAAGCUGUGUGCAUUGCCUGGUUCACCAUGGAGUAUCUCCUUCGCUUCCUCUCCUCUCCUAAUAAGUGGAAGUUCUUUAAAGGCCCGCUGAAUGUCAUUGACUUGCUGGCCAUCCUGCCCUACUAUGUCACCAUCUUCCUAACGGAGUCCAAUAAGAGCGUGCUCCAGUUCCAAAAUGUGCGCCGCGUGGUGCAGAUAUUCAGGAUCAUGAGAAUACUGAGGAUCCUGAAGUUAGCCAGGCACUCCACAGGGCUCCAGUCUCUAGGGUUUACUCUGAGAAGGAGCUACAAUGAACUGGGCCUGCUUAUUCUAUUUCUUGCCAUGGGCAUCAUGAUAUUUUCCAGCUUGGUGUUCUUUGCUGAGAAAGAUGAAGAUGCCACCAAAUUCACCAGUAUCCCUGCCUCAUUCUGGUGGGCAACUAUUACAAUGACCACAGUGGGCUAUGGUGACAUUUACCCGCAGACUUUGCUUGGGAAGAUUGUGGGUGGGCUCUGCUGCAUUGCAGGAGUGCUGGUAAUUGCCCUACCCAUUCCUAUUAUUGUCAACAACUUCUCUGAGUUCUAUAAGGAACAGAAGAGGCAGGAGAAGGCUAUCAAGAGGAGGGAGGCACUGGAGAGAGCCAAGAGGAAUGGCAGCAUUGUGUCAAUGAACCUAAAAGAUGCCUUUGCCCGAAGUAUGGAACUGAUGGAUGUGGUGGUGGAGAAAGGAGAGGACAAAACCUCCCUUGACAACCACCUUUCACCUAGCCGCUGGGGUGGCUCAACCAGGCACGCCUCCUCUGAAAUCAACCUGAAGUCACCCGAUAAAAGAAACUCAGACUCUCUGCCGCAGAGCUCCCCUCACCGUAUAACCAUCACCACCACUGGAAGUCCGCAGCAGACAAACAGGACCCCGCAACACCUUAACGUUCAGAAACUGGAGGAGAUGUACAACCAGAUGACCAAGUCGCAGUCCUUCACUAACCUCAACACUACAAGCUCCAUGAGCACCCUGAGCACAACAAUGACUGCCCCCGUCUCACCGAAGAAAUCUCACAGCCCUGAAUUUACAUUAAAAGAGGAGGUGGAGCUGGAGAUGAAGGAAGUCCCACCCUCCUCGACAGAUAACUUUGCCAGCUGCUCAGCGGACCUUAGAAAACAGGGCUCCAACUCAGGUGAGGAAGAUGCUGGGCCGUGUCAAAUCCGACACCCCAGGGCGCCACCGUCUCUUGAUCUUAGUCACAUUAGGGCCAUCGAUGACGAUAGCUCUCCCGGUACCAUACUCUACGAAUCCGUCAACCCAGCCGACGGAUCAGAGCUCCACAUAGAGGAAGGGGAGAGUUUUAACAGUGCUGUGGAGAAUAUCCAGAGCUCUCCAAGAGGGAAUAACCCUCUGAAAAUAAAAGGGUUAAAGGUCAACUUUACCAAAACCUCUGCUGAAGGCCCGCUAACACCGCCCAGCACUACCUCUCCUGGAGACAUCAGCUCCAGCAUUCUGGAAGACGAGUCCCCAGAGGGAGAGACGUCACCACUCAUCCCCAGUUCAGAAGAGCUGCUCCCCAUUACAGAGGAGGAGACCUGCCCCUUGUCCCCAAAGAGGCUGGUGGUAGACACCCCGCCCGGUGAUGAAGACCAGUCCACAGAGAACCACGAGGAGAAGCAUCUGAUGGAGGUGGCGGGCGCUGCGGUGGCGCCCUUGUCACCCAAGACGGCAGCACAAAAUUGCACCCAAGGCGUGGUAGGGGCAGGUGAGGAGGUCAAGGCUGACAGCAACCAAAGUGGACACAAAGUAGAGAACCACAUGUUUACAUCCGAUAUCCACCUGAUACCUGGGGAUGGCAGCCUUUCUCCAACCUGUGAAACCAGCAUGUGACUGUAAGGGAAGCAUUUAGGGGACAAUAGACCCACUGCAACCUCAGGAUGGUGUGCGGGAGGGAGAGCAGCAAGAAAAGACAAGGGUGCAGUUGUAGUGAAAGAUAUUUUUGCAUGGCAUGACAAGUCCCUUUUACUUGUGUUGUUAUGUAUUGCUGAAAAAGAAACUGCAGUAUUUUGUGCAGAUCUGAGAAUGACUUUGGGACUAACAGUGGGCUCAAAGAGGAGGCUCUUUAAAAACAGAGGGAAUUCGUCAACUAAUGUUAGACAUUAUGGUCCUCCCAAUGUACAUAAUGACAGUCUCCUUUUUCUAGCAAAAGAAGGAAAUGCACAGAGGGACUUAUCUGUAAAAAGCAUGCAUUUAAAAAAGACAGAUAUUUUACGGUGCUUAGUUUGCUGAAAGCGCUCCACUGUAAAUACUAGGACAUAUAAGGCAAUGACAAUGCACAGGAUGGCAAAGGAAAACUGUCACUGAAGGUACAAAUAUUUGUAAUGUGAAAAGGGGAAGGGAGGAGGGGUUGAUUCGAGAGCCCUCAGACCGGUGUUGCAUCGUAGCGACCUAUAAAAAAAAAAACAUAUCAUUACCUUUUGUGGAAAUACAAAGUGUUCCCAUGACGACCCUGUAAUGUUUUUUCGUGUGACAAAUGGUGUACGAAACUGUAACGUUGACAUUGUUGCUUUUGGUUUUCAUAAUGACUGUUGAACUUUCAGUUUGAGCAUCUGCUAUUCGUGGGCGAGAAGGACAAAAAAAACACCUUGAUUCCUCUUAAGCGCAUACACCUGUAGUUGCCAAAUACCUAUCUAUGUAACCAGUAAGGACAGGAACUAUCAGAUACUACUGCAAUUGAAAAUAUUUAUUAUGCGGUUUCAGAAGUUAGGACAAGGUUUACUACUUGUUUAGCCUUUUGAUUCCAUCCAAAUCACAGAAAUAAAUCUUAUUUACUCACUCUGACAUCAGAUAUAUACAUCUAAAUGUAGUUUUAAGAAUAAAAUAUGAAUUAAGUAGGUCUAGAUUGGUUGUAGAAAAAAUUCUACAGUAGGUAAGUGAGAUUCCAUAAAACAGAGUUAAGACUAUUUAUUAAUUCAGCACAGUAGACCUGGUCAUUAAUACACAUAUAUGCUUUACACUAUAAUUAUCUAUUUUGGCAAUUCAAAAGGGAUAGACUAUCACAAAAAAUGACAAUAUUCCUUCCUUGUGAUAUCAAUGGACCAAAUCAAGCACACUGACAAGCUUUCAUCUAUCUCAGCUGCAUAAUAACAUAUAUGGUAAUAACAUGUAUUAUGAAAGUAGUUAUGUUUUUUUGUUUUCCUUAUGGUUUGUUUACCUGCAUUGUGUUCAUUUUCCUAUAUCCUCAGCGCCCUGAUGUCGUUGUUGACACUUGUUCAUACUACUGCAAGUUUAUCUGAUCCUGCUGACAAGUUUAAGGCAUCUUUUGUUUUUCUUUUUUGUAUAUCCGUAGUGUCUUUGACUAUAAUUUAUUGUGUUUUAUUGUGAACAAAACUAUUUUCAGUCAAACUUAAACCCAAAGGAGUUUGUUUUGUUUUUUUCUCUCGUCUUCUUUUCUCGCUUUUGUUUUACACUGACUGAAAAUAUCUGUUGUAUGUUGCCUUUGAUUCCAAUUUUAUUGCUGGAAUAUUUGUUUCUUGUUUCAGCAUGACACUUGGCUGAGUGUGUUAGUAGUGUGUUUGCGAAAGCCACACAAACCAGAAUGGUACUGACAGGAAGUACGUGGGUGAAUUUCUUUGUUGUUUGUUUUACUGUUUUCUUUCUUUCUUUUUCUUCUUCGUAUUAUUAUCAUGUUUUUUGGUUCUUACAGAGAGGUGUGGAAUGUGCAAUACCGCAUACUGCAAUCUAUGCAGGCCAAGAAUUGUGGCACUUUAUUUUCUGUCUAUGGGAAUUUGUAAGUGUACAGGCAGAAAUUACUUGUAUUUUUCAAAUGUUAUAUCUUUAAUAUGAGGCAAAACAGUAUUACAACUACCAGAAUCUCACUAACAAUGCAAAUGAGAAUUUGACUUUUACUUUUUCAUAUUAUAUGGCUGGCAUAAUGCUGUAAAGCACCUUAAUGUCAGGUAUCAAUGGACCUCAAAUUUGAUUAUCUGUGGGAAGAGGGAUCUAAAUUGACCACUUUGGGCCUUUUAUAUUGCUGUUAGAUUUACGCAUAAAUCUAACAAGUGUCUGUGGGAGAUAUUAAGAUAAUCUAAUUUCAAUGGCCACACACAAAGGAUUUUAUGUUUUUUGUGAAUUAACGUUGAGAAUGAUUCUAUUUUUUCUAAACCAAAAUGGAGCACGACCACAAUUUCCUGCCAUACGGUGGUUGAAAUGAUGCGUGCCUUUUCAUAACACUGCUGUUUAUGAGAAGGUAGCAAGUCAUUUUGCUUUGUUCAUAUAGCACUGUACAGAAAAUUCUAAUUUUAUAGGAGAAAUCAGGUCUUUAUGUAAUAGAUACAAGUAAUGUUAUUGAGUUCUCAGGUUUUCUAUAACUCUCUGAUGUUCCGAUUGGAUAGAUUCUCUGUUUUUUCUUUAACAGCUAAUGUCAACUAGUUACUUCUGUACUUUUUGAAAAGGUGAUGUUGUCAAAUCCACAUUAAUGUCUUGGCUCCCGGAGUAAGGAGCGGCAAUAUUUCUCCCUCCUCCUGGGUAAUCUGUGCACCACAUUCAGUAUCCACCCCCAUCAGUCUUCAGUGAGGCAGGAAGGAGCACAAACAGAGGGACAGAAGCUGGACCGUUAAGAGCUUAAGAGCUGAGAAAUAGACAGAAGGAGAGUCUAACUAACCACAGUCAGGCAGGAAGAGAUCCCUACUGUCACUGAGCUGAUCCAUCUGAUUAUUUCCCAUGCUGACACCACUGAAUGCACUAGUCCCCAACAGCUUCAGAGGCUCUAACCCCAUGGCAUGCCCUCAGGAACAGUGAUCAAUGGGUGACAGGAAAGCUAGGAUAAGGGAAUACUGUGAGAGCUAAGAGUAGAGAAGAAAACGUGUCCUCCCAAAUGGUUACAUCGCAUCAGUUGUGGUCCAUAUUUCCUUUUGUCUGCGUUCAUACUGUUUGCCCAGACCAACAUAAUUUGACUCAAUCAAGAGAUUCAUGUAAGAGUUAUCUUUGUGAAAUGACCGAUCCCUUGUUGGAAACUCAUAUUCUUUGGUACUCUCCAAAGUAAAAUGCAGAGUCAGUGGUGGUUGUGGUUGUUUGGGGUUUUCAUUUGUCUUUUUUUCCUUAUGAAAGAAGGUUAGAUGAUAACCCUAUUGUUAAAGUUCUUUUUUUUCUGUACCUGUAUGUUCUUUUUUUUCCCCAUCCAUUGUUUGUAGUAAUCAUGUCUCCGUGUUAGCCUCAAGUAAUCCUUCAUUUUGACAGGUAGGGUAGAAAAACAAGGGAUUUGGAUUGAUCAGCUAUAUCCCCUUGGGAUGAUGUUUGUGUGGAUACUGAAAUUAAUUCUGUGAGCUGACAGCAAAAGGACCGUGCUCUGUCUUACUGUCUCACAAUGGCAUUAUCAUCUGUGAUACUGUACAGAGUGGAAAGGUUGUGUCUUUAUUUUCUCUGAGAGAAUGGGUAUUGUCUGUGUCAUUCAUGCGUGCUUACCAAACCUUGCUCCCUAAAAUCCAUAAAGCUAUAAUGUUUCUUCUUAUGUCUCUGUGUAUUCUGCCUCUUACAUUUUUUGUUUUGGUUUUUUUUUCUCUGUUCAGCUUUGGAGAACAUUAUCAUUAGACACAUUCUGAGCUACAGACUGUUUCUGUACAAAGCAACAUCUUUGUAUGCAUGUAGUAGUCCGAACAAUUAUGUGACCACAGAACACUUUGUUAUGGUACAUGUAUGUCAACAUUUCUGUAGAGCAUUGUUCCCCAUUACGUCUAUUAGCAUAUGCAGAAUAACAAUAAAUGUGUAUAUAACUCG